AUGUCGGCGCCACUCGAACAGGGGAGUCUCGAACUCUCAGCAGACGAGAAUGAGCGAACUUUUGAGGGAAUUGAGAUCGAGCCGAUGGGGAGCUACUUCGAAUCAAUCAUACAAAACACAGAUUCGGGAUUUCGUGACAAUAUUGAAGCCGAACCACUCGAUGAUGCCCCCGACCUUAUCUACGGCGACUCAGAGAGCGAUGAUGAACCGGGCACACCUCCUCAAUUGACAGGAAUGAGUACUCUGUUGAGUACAUCGACGGGAGGGUCCCUAGGUAAGAUUGUUAUUGGGGGUGCAGUCGUCGAGAAUGUCGCUUUGGUUCUCCCAAAAGACAGGAAAGGCGGUUAUGUCGACAUUCCUGUUCUCCCGAUUACGGCGCCUGGGCAUCGGAAAACUGAGCUGCUCGCUGUUAUCAGGAAGGAUUCAGAGGAGGACGGAACGGCCAAUGUUCCCUUGCUGCUUAUGCCGGAGGAAGAUCCCGAGGGAAACCCUGUGAGCAAGAAGGCUCCCGGUGACCUUUCGCAACUUGUGACUACUUCCCUCCUUUCGAAUGUUAGAUCGACCCACAGGAUGAAAACGAGGUCGAAGACGAUCGCCGAAAACAAGGAAAAACUUGAAGCCAGCGAUGUCACAGCGACAAAGGAGGAAACAAAGCAGGAGAAGGGAGACAAGAAGGAGGCCAAGAAGGAAGAGAAGAAGGGAAAGGAUGAGACAGAUAAAGUUGCAAAGGGUCCCGAAACCAAGGAAGAAGCGAAGGCAACGGACGAGAAGAGUACCAAGCAGGAUAAAGGGGAAAAAGGGAAGGAUGAGCUUCCGUCUACUGCUGAGAAGAAACUGCUUGAGAAAAAGGAACAAAUUGAAGGUAAGGAGAUAUUGGAAACCAAACCUGAUAUGCUAGUGAAAGAUGAAAAGCCGGAAGAUAAGGAAGCGAAGAGUGCCGUCAAGAAGGACGACAAGAAAGAUGACAAGAAGGAUAAUAAGGACGACAAAGGGAAAGAGAAAAAAGAGCCAGCACGUGAGAAAGUGAAAAUCAAUCCAAAGAGUUUGUCACUUUUAGGAAAACCCCUGGGUACUCUCUUUCCAUUCCUGGAGAGUGAUGAGAUCAAAAACCUCCCCAUCGAGAGCCUUGAGUUCACUUAUUGUGAGGAGGACAGUGGCCAUUUUUUCCCUCCCGGACUCCGGCUUGAAGUUGAUGUCCUGCUAAAGGAUAGUCUACAAUGGGCCAGCGAUGCAUUCCAGAAGAUGUUUGGUGAUAAAAGAUCACCAAAGAAACUUCAUCUGAGUGCGGACCUCGGUAAAACGAGAGAUUGGUCGAAGCGCCCCAAAGUAGAAGACUUUGCUCUGAAAGGAUACUUCACCGAAUUUGGCUCUCAAGCUUGGGAUAUUUUGCAAUUUAAGACACUUGGUUUGGAGCUCACAGCUACAAAGGCGGCGAGCAAGAAAUCCAAGAACGAAAAAGAGGAAAAAGGAAACGAUAAGGCGACAGAUAAGAUCGAUAAUGAGACCAAGGAACAAUCACAGUCCGAUCCUACCGGGGACAACCAGAUCAAGCAAGACGAUCCAGCUGCUGGGCUUGGUGAGCAUGGCUCUCAUACGAAGAGUAAGGACGAAAACAGCUCGUCGAAAGAUGGUACAGAAGGAAAUGAGGAAAAGAAUGACGACAAGAAAGGCAAUAAGAAAGAAGAAGAGAAAAAGUCAUACAAUUAUGGUUUUGGCUUUUUCGGAACAGUGUCAUUCAUCAAGGUUCCUCACGCUAACUCUCCAUUGGAUAUGCACAUUCGGAUUGCAAGGGACUUCGAGAUUGAAAAGGACGAGAAAAAGAAAGACGACAACAAGAAGAAAGAUGACGAUAAGAAGAAAGAUGACGACAAGAAGAAAGAUGACGACAAGAAGAAAGAUGACGACAAGAAGAAAGAUGACGACAAGAAGAAAGAUGAAACAGAAAAGGACGAGGAAAAUGAAACGAGCAGUGGCGCCAUGGAACCCAGCAAGCCCACCACAACUGAGUCUCAGAAGGUAUCAUCCGCAGAAGAGACCAAUCAUGCUAGCGGAGAAAAGGACGACCAGACGGGAGCCAAAGCAGAGGGAAAGGAGAAAUCUGUUGAAAAGAAGAAGCAUUCUGACGGCAAGCACAAGAGGAUGUGGAAAGUGGUGAUCUCGUGCGAUGAAUGGAAAGACAUUUAUGGGGUCAAGAACGUGACACUCAAGUGGUCCUUUGAACAAGGAGAAUUCAAGAAGACGAUGGCAUUUGACCUGUCUGCGAAGAUGAAACUUGGCACAGGAAGCUUCAAGGUCAAGGGAAAGAUCGCCCAGGUGGGUGAUCUUACGCUCACUGACAUCAAGAAGAUCCACGCCCAGAUCCAGGGACAAAAGGUUACAGAGGAAAAGAAAAAAGACGAAAAGAAGGAGUCCACUGAAAGUGCCGCCGAGGAGAAGAAAAAGAAAGAUGAAGAGAAGGAGGAUGAAGAAGAAGAGGCCAAGGGCAAUGAGAUUACGUUCAAGAAGCUUCACCUGAACUUGUCUCGCAAGUUCAUUGAGAAGGAUGAUAUUACAAAAAACUCUCUGCUCUUGGAGGGCCACGUCACUUUCAAUGGAAAAUCCAGUGCUCGUGCACUCCUGGAGCUUAGUACGGAUGGGCUGACUGUUAAAGGAGGCCUUGCCGACUUCAAGAUCCCCGACACACCAGUCAUCAUUGAGAAGGCACAACUGCUCAUUUUCAUCGGAUUCAACCACAAAGAGAAGGAUAAGAAGGGGGAUAAGAAGGGGGAUAAGGAGGAGGACAAAAGUCCAGACGAGCAGAAUGCCAAUGACAAAAAGCCAAUUGCCGAUACUAGGGCUUCAGAGGACAAUCCCAGCGAAAUCGUGGAGACCAAAGCAUCGGCCGCUUCCAAGUCAGAGGAUACAAGCAACAAGGAAACCCCAGCUGAGACAGACUCCGAAACUAGUAAAACCGCCAGGGAGAAUGUUAAAAAUUCCGCUGGCAAUGGCGGGAAGAAAAAGAACAAAAGAGAAAGCGAGUUCGCAAUUCUCGGCAUUGUGAAGAUCCACGAAGUCACCUUGUCUGUUGGGUUCUAUACUGCGCGAACGAAAGGAAAGGAGAAGCGCGAAUGGCUUGCUUUCGGCAGUCUUGCAAAUCUCAGUUUGUCGCAAUUGGUGCCUGCAAUUAAGGAUCCAUCCUUUAAUCUACAAUUGGAAAACAUCGCCCUUAUUGCAUCUUCUGAGGAUAGAGAAGUCAAAGAAGAAAAAGACGAGCAGGGCGAAAAUAAAAAGGAGAAGAAGAAAGAAAAGGAGGGCAAAGAUGAAUCAACAGGCAAAGAAAAGGAAGAGGGGAAGAAUGAGAAAAAUGACAAUAGCAAGAGCCAGCUAGAUGUUGAAGAACCCGCAGUUGUUACGGUGGAAAAGGGUCCAAAAGGUGCGACCAAGGCAAAGGAUGGGGAUAAGAAGAACAAGAAAGACAAGACAGAAGACAACAAAAAGGACAGCGACAAGAAAAAAGACAGUGAUAAGAAGGAUGGCGACAAGAAAGAUGAGCAGCUUGCUCAUGCUGGUGUUCUCGAAACAGUGGAAUCAUACAAGUACCCCAUCGUGAAAGGUAAGUUGGAAGUGCGGAUAUCCAAAAAGUGGCCUGACUAA